UCCAUUCUGUAAUAAUUCUGCCACUUAAUAUGCCAAAAGGGAUGGCUUCAGUCACCACCACAUUUUCACUAAUGUUGCAGUUUCUGUUCCUAACAUUAUGUUGGUUUGGUCAGCCAAGCUUAGCUUUCACACGGCAAGAGUAUCACGAGGCUCUUGAGAAAUCCAUUCUCUUCUUUGAGGGACAAAGAUCAGGAAAAUUGCCUUCCAACCAGCGACUAACAUGGAGGGGAGAUUCUGCAUUGUCUGAUGGCUCUUCUUAUCAUGUGGACCUAGUAGGAGGCUAUUAUGAUGCUGGAGAUAACGUCAAGUUUGGGUUGCCAAUGGCCUUUACCACUACAUUGUUAGCAUGGAGUGUGAUUGAAUUUGGAAGCUCAAUGCAGGAGCAGAUUGAAAACGCUAGAGCUGCUAUCAGGUGGAGCACGGAUUACCUACUGAAGGCAGCCACCACCACCCCUGACACAUUAUAUGUCCAAGUAGGAGACCCUAACAUGGAUCACAAAUGUUGGGAAAGGCCUGAAGAUAUGGACACACCCCGCAACGUGUACAAGGUAUCAGCUCAAAACCCAGGAUCAGAUGUAGCAGCAGAGACAGCAGCUGCAUUGGCAGCUUCUUCAAUAGUAUUCAAAGAUUCAGAUCCCACCUAUUCCUCCAAGUUGCUUCAAGCAGCCAUCAAAGUAUUCAAUUUUGCAGAUCGUUACAGGGGUUCUUAUAGUGACUCUCUUAGUUCGGUUGUGUGUCCAUUUUAUUGCUCUUACUCUGGAUACCAUGAUGAGCUUCUGUGGGGUGCAUCAUGGAUUUAUAAAGCCUCGGGAAUUAGCUCAUACAUACAAUAUAUACGAUCCAAUGGCCACAUAUUAGGUGCAGAUGAUGAUGAUUACUCCUUCAGUUGGGAUGACAAGCGACCUGGGACCAAAGUCCUGCUAUCCAAGGAAUUCCUGGAGAAAAAUUCUGAAGAGUUCCAAUUAUAUAAGGCACAUGCAGACAAUUACAUAUGUUCUCUAAUGUCGGGUACACCAGGUUUCCAAGCUCAGUACACAAGAGGGGGGCUUCUAUACAAAGGGAGUGAGAGCAAUUUGCAAUACGUGACAUCGACGAGCUUCCUUGUCCUGACAUACGCCAAGUACCUGAACUCAAACGGUGGUGGUGUCUCAUGUGGGAGUUCAAGAGUGACGGGGCAAAACCUCGUAACACUGGCUAAGACACAAGUGGAUUACAUUCUAGGCAACAAUCCCAGGAAGAUGUCUUAUAUGGUGGGUUUUGGGAGUAGGUAUCCAAUGCAUAUCCACCACAGGGGUUCCUCUCUGCCUUCCCUGCACGCCCACUCCCAGCAUGUUUCCUGCAACGAUGGCUUUCAAUACCUCUAUUCUAGUUCGCCCAAUCCUAAUGUCCUGGUUGGAGCCAUAGUUGGUGGUCCCGAUAGCAGUGACAAUUUCUCUGAUGAUAGAAAUAACUAUCAACAGUCAGAGCCAGCAACCUACAUCAAUGCACCCUUUGUAGGUGCUCUUGCCUAUUUCUCUUUCCAAACCCCAAGCAAUUAGGUUUAGAAUCAUUAAAAAAAAAACAAAAAACACUACUGUAGGUUAUCCAACUACUUCCUACACAGUUGAUAGACACAUGAAUCUUUGUUAAGUGAGUUGCUUUGAUCUCAUGAAUGGAAAACACUUUGUUAAUGAUCAUAUGUAUCAAAGGAGACUUUAUUCAAAAACUAGCUUAUUUUACUAAUUUUUGUAUUUUGAAAAGUAGUAGUGUGGAUUAAAUAUACUA